UCAGGUAGCAUUUGGUCGACGUGGUCUAAUAAGCCAUCCAGUCAUAGCCCAGGAUACUUGAUUAAACCGUCCCAUGGCGCAACCUCCCCUGUUAUGCAGACCUGCUGCGCCGCAGAGAACAAAGACAUUGGCCGGGCGGAUCCCUGUCCUUGGCUGCCCGAAGGAUUGCGCCCGUGCCGAAUGAAGGAUGGUGCUUGAUUCGUCUUGUCCUUUUGUUUUCGAAUCAUGCUACGUUGCGAGACCUGUCAUAUUCGGUCUCGGGCAAUUGUCCUUCUAUCUGUGGUCGUGUCAUCAGGGCGAGAGACUCGCCCCUUUCACGAUCCCGGACAGCACGACAUUCUCAUAUUUUGUCUUUGCGUACCAUGGCUUCGGUACUGCUCCACUGGGCAUAAUCUUCAUUCCAGCCUGGAGCUGAACUUGUACGACAUUCACGACAAUGGCUCGGUAUCCCGCCGACAGCGAGGCUCCGGCUGUUAUUGUCCUGACCCGAUUCUUGAUGGUCACCUUAAUCCUCGGCACACUCAUUCGGCUCGCGACCAAGUGGUGGAAGUUCAGCACCUUUUUUCGGGACGAUUACUAUAUCCUCAUGGCUAUGUUAGCAUCCAUCGCGCAAUCCGUCGCCGUCUCUGUCGCUGUGGAAAAGGGAUAUGGAAUGCAUAUCGAACAAUUGAGUGAUGGUCAGGUUGCCGGUAUCCUCAAGGCGCAAUACACCUCCACUUUCUUCUAUAUUCUCGGCAUCGCUUUCUCGCAACUCUCCUUCCUCUUCUUUGUAAAACAACUCGCCCGCCAAAGCCACUAUAUCUAUACAGCACUGCAGGUCGCAAUCGCCGUCGUUGCAAUAACUGGUAUCUUCGGGUCGGCCUUUCAAUGUCACCCGCAGCAGUGGGAUUACAUUCAUGAUCGCUGUUUUAAUCGCAAAGCGUGGUUCACGUAUCUCGGCAUGUCGAUGAUCCUCGUCGAGUUGGCCAUCAUCGCGCAGACCGUCAUCGUCAUGGUCCGGGUGCAAACGACGUGGAAGAAGAAGGCGAAUCUCACCUGUGUCUUUCUGUUUAGGGUCCUUGUCCCCUUUGCCCUGAUCUCCCACAUAAUCCUCAUCCACGCCACAAUCAACACUCCGGACCCAACUUCAUCAACCUGGUCCCUCACAAUAGCAACGCAGCUCGCCCUCUGCCUAAGCGUGAUAACGGCAAGCACACCGCAAUACGUCCCUGUCCUCCGCCAGCUGCAAACAACGGGGAUGAGACUCGACGGGAUGACGCGGUACACGAUGUCGAGUAGUAAUAACGGACGGUAUCCAUAUGGGAAUUCGUAUGGGAAUUCAAGGUCGAGAUCGAGGUCACGGUCAAAGUUCCUUACUUCUUCUGCGCAGCGGACGAGGGAUGAGUCGAUUCUGGAGCUGGAUAAUAUGAAUGUUCCCUUUGGGGUGACGGAGACGACGGUUACUGCGAGCGGUGCGAAUGGACAUAUGGGGGAGAGAAUGAAGUCUGUAGAUGAGGACCGGGGUGAUGAUGAGAGUCAGUCGAGCCAGACGAACAUCAUCCGCGAGACGAGGACGUGGGUUGUUACGGAGGAGCAUGUUGGGGGGCCGCGUUAGCAUUUGUAGAUCCCGUUUACUUUAUUGUGCAUAGAAUAUGUGUAAUGCUUUAUAAGUCCACGGGAAUAGAUAGUCAUUCAAGUCUCAUGUGGUUCUUGCUAGUGUUGCUUUGCGCAGUGG